AUGAACGCUUUUCUUUCCAAUGCCGCUGAAAAUAAGAUAACCAUUGCCUUUUACCAGCGUUUCACAGAGAGCCUUUCGACGACCGAUAUCAAUAGUUAUCUCUUUGACAUAAAGAAAUCUGCAAGAAUUGUAUUCAUGUGCGCCCGAGACAACAAUUUCCGAAGAAUAAUGAUACAAGCCCAUGCUUCCCGGAUGACAAAUGGAGACUACGUUUUCAUAGAUCCUAAUUUUACAGCCAACGAUGCGCUGUACCGAUACAGAACGUGGUUCAACAAUGAUUCCAAUGACGCCAUUUCCAGAGAGGCUUUUCGACAUGUAAUCCAUUUCAGUACAGCGAGGUGGUUCGAUGAGAGUAGCAAAGCUCGACAUUUGGAAUUAAUGAGAACGAUUCCACAGCGUAUGGCAGAGCCACCUUGGAAUGACUCUACAGCACUCGAUGAAAAUCUUGUUCCACCAUCUGCAGCGGCUGCCUUACACGACUCCAUGUACCUUGCUGUUCUCUGGUGGGACUAUUGUCAUAAUAACGGACUUGACCACCGAAAUGGCAUUGGCAUGUUUGAGUUUACUCACAACUUGACUUACAGUGGAACAAGUGGGUAUAUUCACUUCGAUGGUAAUGGAGACAAGCAACCCUUAUUUUGGUUGGAGGAUCUAAAAGUCGAAGGCGAUAAUCAGAGAAUAUUUGCAAUCGUCGAAACUUACAAAACAGCUUCAGACAUGCUGUCCUUAUGGGAGGACCCACUAUGGUUUACUGCGGACGGAAAGCCUCCUCUGAGUUCCCCCGUGUGCGGAUUCUCUAAUGAAUUUUGUCCACCCCAUGUGAAGGAUCAAACGAUAGAUAUUGUCAUCGCUGCCUCUGUUGUUAUCUUCAUAAUAAUCAGCUCUCUGAUUGCAAUAUUCACUGUCAGGAAGAAACAGUAUGAACUGCAGAUUCUGAAGAUGACAUGGAAAGUCCAAUUUACUGAAAUCGGGAUGAAAAUUAGUAAACGAGGAAUAGGAAGUCAGCUAAGUAAAAGUGCGACAUCUUUUGGAGAAUCAGGAAGCAGCAGCAACGGGACAGAUAAUCCUAAUUUUACACUUACCGCAGAAUAUAAUGGUCAGAUAGUGGCGCUUAAGAAAAGUCCUCUUCUGACGGUCCAUCUUUCCCGCACAGAUCUGGUGGAACUCAGAGAGAUGCGUGAUUUUAUCCAUCCUAAUGUGAACCCUUUCCUUGGAGCUUGUAUUGAUUCCCCGAAUAUCUGCUGCUUGUUUCUGUAUGGUACUAAAGGCAGUCUACAGGAUGUUUUGGAAAAUGAUGACAUCAAAUUAGAAUGGACCUUCAAAAUUUGCAUCUUAAAAGACAUAGCAAUGGGUAUGAAGUACAUCCACUCUUCCAUUCUGAAAUCACAUGGCAGUCUCAAAAGUUCCAACUGUAUCAUUGACAACAGAUGGACUGUGAGAGUCACAGAUUAUGGAGUUUCAGCUUUCUUCAACCAAAAGAGACUGAAAAACCUUACAAGGAUGGAAGAUUUCAAGGAUUUAUUGUGGACUUCCCCAGAAAUUCUGCAAUGCGAUGACAUAAUGCCAAGAAAUGGAACACCCGCUGGGGAUGUAUAUAGUUACGGGAUAAUUCUACAUGAGACAUUCUACAGGUGUGGAACAUUUCCUGUAGCGGGCAAGACUUACAAAGAUAUAAUACAGGAUAUUUGUAAUGGCGUUAUUUACACGCCUGAUCUCAAUAAGUCUGAAAAUGUGAAACCUCAGAUGUUGAAUUUAAUGAGAUUGUGUUUGAAUGAAGACCAUCGACAAAGACCUGACUUCAAUAGAAUCCUUAACUUCAUUCGAGAAAACAACAUUGAGGCGAGCGUGAGUAUAAUUGAUUCCAUGAUUAACAUGCUGGAGAAAUACGCAAAUAACCUUGAAGAUCUGGUGGAGGAAAGAACGGUCGCACUAAAUGAUGAAAAAACGAAGACAGAUCGUCUUCUCUAUCAAAUGUUGCCCAAAUUAGUUGCUGAUAAAUUGAAGAGAGGAGAAGUGGUUCUCCCAGAAGCGUUUGAGGCUGUUACCAUAUUCUUUUCUGAUAUUGUGGGGUUUACCACAAUUGCAGCUAAACUGUCUCCUCUGGACGUUGUUGACUUCCUCAAUGAUGUUUACACAUUAUUUGAUGACGUUAUUUCCAGAUAUGACGUUUAUAAGGUAGAAACAAUCGGUGACGCCUACAUGGUUGUAAGCGGUUUGCCAAAAGAUAAUGGCAGCAGACAUAGCGGGGAGAUAGCCAGUAUGUCCUUGUCAAUAUUGACAAGCCUCCAGUUCUACAGAAUGAGGGCUAUUCCUGAACAAAAAGUCAUGGUUCGAAUUGGACUACAUACAGGGCCAGUGUGUGCAGGUGUAGUUGGACACACAAUGCCUAGAUACUGUCUAUUUGGAGACACGGUCAACACUGCAUCCAGGAUGGAAACAUACGGAGAAGGCGGAAAAAUACAUAUUACUGGCAUGACAAGGAGUGCUUUGGCUGACUUAGGAGGGUAUAAUAUUGCUGAAAGGGGAUUCAUAGAUAUCAAGGGAAAAGGUCAGAUGUUCACAUAUUGGCUUCUGGGAAUGGUAAGAAAGGAAAGUCAAUCACAAUCUACAUCAGGAAUGACAAAGAAGAAGUUUUCUAAAGUUCGCAGUGUGUCUCCAUCUUUAAAGCAAGGAACAACAGAUAUAGACUUACUUGAUUGCUACAACACUGAUCAUUACUGCUAGGAUCUUCGUACAACGCAAAGCAGGGUUGUAUUUGUUUAACAGUAACCAAAACAUGAUUUAUUCAUUGCUGUUAUGCCAGCGGGCCAAACAGCAGAAUACUGACUAACAAGGUUCAAUUGAAAAUUUGA